AUGGUUCUUGCCAGGCUGAUCUUCCAAGCAACGAUCUAUCCCAUUUGGCUAGACAAAACGGAGGCGUCCGACAUCAGCAAGCUAGCCACCCAGUUUGGUACAUUGAGACUCAUCGAUGAAGCUAUUAGUGGGAAACUUGCCUCAUACACAUCGUACGAACAUCUCCAACUAGAAGCUUUAAUUGCUUGGUUCCACCAUCUUCAACCUAAAUUUGAAAACAACCUAAACGAGAAUACCUCAAAGUCUGCGUUAUCUUCUGAAUUCUGUAAGGUUGGUGCUUGCUUGCUUCUUACGCUUCCCGAAGAUGUGUUUUCUGUUAUCUCUCACUUUCUUUCUCCAAGCGACAUUUGCGAUAUAAUCUUUUGCUGCAAAAGUCUUUGUGCCCUUGUCGAUUCCGAGAAGACAUGGCUUGUUCAAUAUGAAGUCGUUAAGGUGGUGAAGCCUCUUGUUGGGAUUUGGGUUCAAAAGAACCCUGUAAUUGGGAUUUCUUAUCCGUUGUUGGAUGCCGGAUAA